CGGGGUUCACAGCACAUAGCGGCGGCAGCUCUCAGUGUUGAGGCGCACUGGAGACGAACGGAGCGCGGAAGAGCCUUCACUCCAUCGGACCGGUAAACCGACACCUGUCCGCCACAUUCACCUCCUUCCGUCCUCCCUGCCAGUGUGCCUGCAGCUCAGGGCGCCACUUCGGUCCUCGGGAAUGAAGAACAAACACAGCCGACAGGUGAAGACGGCGGCUCCGAACCGAUUGGACAUGUCGAGCUUCGAGGUGAGUCUCCAGCAGCUCAACGACCUGCUGACGGACGACAGCGGCUUCUACAGCUGGCCGACCAAACACUUCCAUGAGGUCUACCCGAGGAUCUUCGUCGGCAACGCGUUUGUGGCGAUGAACGUGAUGCGUCUUAAGCGCCAGGGCAUCACCCACAUCCUGAACGCCGCAGAGGGAAACUCCUUCAUGCACGUCAACACCAACGCUGAGUUCUACGCCGGCACGGGCAUCAUCUAUCACGGCGUGCCGGCCAGCGACACCGACCACUUUGACAUCAGCGUCUACUUUGAAGAGGCAGCAGACUUUAUCGAGAAGGCACUGGCAUACAAGAAUGGAAAAGGUAAAGUGUACGUUCACUGCAGGGAAGGCUACAGCCGCUCGCCUACCUUAGUCAUAGCCUACCUGAUGCUUCGCCAAAACAUGGACGUCCACACCGCCCUGGCCAUGGUGCGUCAGAAAAGAGAGAUCGGACCCAACGAUGGCUUCCUCCGGCAGCUCUGUCGGCUAAACCAGGGGCUGGCUGCAGAGGGAAAGUUCUGGAACAAAUGAGGCAGACGAGGAAGCAGAGAGACUGUCUGUGCGAGAGAACAAAAGUACUGUAUGUACAAUUGCACAUCACUUUCUUUCACUUGUUCUACAGCUUUAACGAGCCGCAGAGCUGUGAGAUGUUCUGGAUGUGAAGAUCGAGGAUAAUGAAAGCCUGACAGCACUGAGUGUAUGUAUAGUACAAAACACUACAUACAGUAUUUUCAACUAACACUGGUGAUACCAUAUACUGAUCAUACAAUGUAAUGUGUAGAACCAGGUGCACUGCAUUCACUAUAUUCUGAAUAUUAUAUUUAUCUUGAUUCAGGUCCAUGUGACAUUCAAUAAUCAGUAAGUGUAUUUUCAUGUCCUGUAUAGUCUGAUGUGUUUUCCUGCUGCUCACUACUCCAGAGAACAAUAUCAAAGUAUGAAGGGAAUGCUCAUUUAAAUACACUCACUGUGGGGAAGAAAUGAUGGUGUAACUGAUGUGAUGCUGUCACCGCCUUCUCUCAUCCAGCCUCCAUCUCUCUUCCCUCUCUUGGCAUUGUGCCCUUUGUCUUGGUCUCACUCUUGCAGACACUGCCAAUUCUCUCAGUCCCAGACACUCCCAGAGGGGAUUUCAAGUGGACACUGUGAUUUUUUAAUGUUGAAUCAGUUGAAUUUUCAGGGUACAGAAAGAUGACAUUAAAAUCAUAUUUGUUGUUUUAGAAAACUGCACUGUCUUCGACCUACAGUAUAUUGCACUCAAGUCUAGAAGCCGGCCUCAAAAGUUUGUCUCAGUCAGAAAUGUGUCAUGCUGUUAUGGUGCUUUAUAGGAAUGUUUUGACACUAUUUCAUACUUCCAGAUUUUUACUAGUAAAAUUAAGAUGUUCUGAUAUUAUCGGAACAGCAAGGGAAACAAGGAAUAGUUUGGCAUUUUGGAAAUAUAUUAGUCACUUUCUUGCCCCCAGUUAGAUGAGGGCCAUUUGUCUGUGAGAUAAAUACGAAGCUAACGCCCGUAGAUAAGUUAGUUUAGUUUAGCACAAAGACUGGAAACGGGGAAAGGCUAGCCUGGCUCUGUCUAAAAGUAAUCAAAUCUGCUUGUGAAGCUAGUAACUAACAUAUUAUAUCUCAUUUGUUUAAUCCAUCUAAAAACAAAAUGUACUAUAAUGUUCGUUAACCAAAAAAGGGGGUUGUUUGUACCGUGCAUACAUAAAUAAAAGUGUGAAUUAGUGACCUUAACAAGUGCUGGUUACCUUCGGAGAGAGCCAUGCUUGCUGUUUCUUGAUGUUUCAAGUCUUUGUGCUAAGCUAAGCUAACUGGCAUGGCUAUAGUUUACGGUACAAGCAUGAGAGUGGUAUCAAAGUUAUCAUCUAACUCUUGGAAAGAAAUCGAGUAAGUGUAUUUCCCAAAAUGCUAAACUUUUUCGAGCUUUGGGAAGUGAUGUGUCUCACGUUUUUACACUAAGCGGCUCUUGACAAUUUAUUCUGCACACAUGCCCUGUCAGGUUGCUGAAGGUAUUUGACCUAAUGACUAAAUGCCAAAUGGUCCAGUGAGUGAAACCAAGCCAUUAAAGUCUCUGAUUGUAAUUUAGACACUGCCAGAAUGUCAGAUACAUUUGCCAGUAACUUGAACAUUAUUGGAUAAGCUCUCAGUCAACACCUUUUGCACAUUAGUGUGUGUACAUUUGUGUGUUUUUGUCAGAGUAUCUGCAGUUUUAUAUUGUACAGCGGCAUGCUUUGUAAUAUACAUGUGUUGUUUAUAUUCCUCUGUUAGCACAGCAGCUAUGUAUCUAUGUAUUUAUUAAGUCAUAGUGUGCAUUAUUGAGUGUGCAUUAUCUAUCAUAGUGUGCAUUAUUGAGCCUGUAACUUGUGAGUCAUCAUGUGCAUUACUGAGUAGGAUGUGAUGUGAUUGGUCAUGUCAGUAGGCUUUCAUUGAGUCUCACAGAUUAUGACACUGCUUAUAUGAAGUGCACUUUAUCUAAUGACACUUGUGAUUGUUGUUGCUCUCUUUUCAUACAUUCAGAUGUAUAUAAUAAAUGGAAGAUGACAUGGCU